AGAAAUUGUUACCACAACAGACGAUAGAAUGAAUAUAAAGGUAACAUGACACAUUUCUAGAAGCACAAAAGGUUCGUGGAGCGUACGAGCUUGAACGCUGCUCCUUUCAUGGUCUGUUGUUUAUCCGCAAAAUGAGGGUGUUACCAGGAACUCACUUAUUGGCGGUGCUUUUCGUUGUAUGCAAAAGUGCCUUAAUGGUUGAAGGUGAGAGGAAUUGCUUUUAAAGUUAUUAGAUUCUGCAAUCAUUUUCCGGCGAGAUAAACGAUCGAUAGAUUGGAUCGAAAGAGAAGAUUGGCAUGCAAGCGGUGAGAAUUAGAUGAGAUAUCGUUGCAUUUGCAAAGAGAUCCCCGUUAUUCUCUAAAUUCGCUUUAAAUACUAUCGUUUUAUUUAUUAUUUAGGACAAACUCUGGUCCAAGAUGGAAAGAUCAACUUCACUGCGUCAUAUCCUGACUUGCUUUACUGCACGAACGUGCAGUUCCCUCGUGCAUUCUCCAGCUCGAGAAAUGUAAGGGUGAUAGCGUCCAUCGCGUAUGAGUCCAAUACUCGCAGUGUACACGACUCGGCUGUUGUGUGGACGUCGGACGUAACACAGAACAGUUUUCGCGUAUGUGCGUUGGAGUCGGGACUUGGAACAAAUGGAUCCGCCGUCGUGAACUGGAUUGCAUUUCGAGGUGCCCCUUCUGGAAUGUUGGAUGGCACCGCCUCCUUCAGUGCAUUUACCAGUGGAACAAAAUGUGAAAGAGUUACCUUUGUUCAGGUACUCCUAUGACCUAUUUAGCCUUUACGGUACCAAAAAAAAUUCAAUGCCGAUUUUCCUCUUACUCAUCUUUACAACAACAAAAACUAUAACAGAACAACAAUACCACAAAUAUUUCUUCGUAUAGCGUGUAGUCAACUGCUUCAUGAAUUAUGUCACGUUUUCAGUCAACUGUUCCAAUGUCAUCGUUCAAAUGCUUUAAAAGAGAGUUUCCUAGAAAAGAGUAUCAUUACUUGAAACAAAGAGAAGAUUUGCGGAAAAUGAGCGGAACAUAGACGUAUUAAACUGAUAUGAAACUGAAGGGAGGGGCGUAACCUGGUUUGAAAAGUAAGUGGUCUGGUAUCUGUUACUGUCUUCAUUAUACUCGCGGAACUUUAAUGUAAAUCCGUGUCAUUUAAUUUCAUAAGUUUGUUUUCUUAGCACUCAAAGGUUUGAAACGAGUUGAGAGUGCUUAACUUAAUAGAUUGCUGGCAGUUCGUAAGGUCAAAUAUAAACGUGAUUUGUAUCAUGCAAGUCUGAGUUCAAGACAAUUAUUUCUCCUUUAUCCUAUUUGCAGCGAUUUGCGUCAAUUCCUAAAGUGCUGGCUACAGUACGUCAUUCUGUCAGCAACAAGCCACAGGACGCUAUGAAUGUCUGGGUUGAAGAACUCAAGGCGGAUUAUUUCAGAGUGUGCCUGAGGGAAGUGAAAACAUUUGAUGGAAAGCAUCAAAAUUUAAAAGUGGCAAGUUUGACUAGAAUAAUUCUAGUUCAUAGAAGCAUAUGUAGAAAUAUUUUGGUUUGUUCAUUGAAUGGUUUCCUCUGAACAAAUGGUGAAGUAAAAUGAUUCCAGAUUAUGAGAUAAGUGUGUCAGGUUCUUCACAGUUAUAUUAAUCCGAAUAAGAGCUCUUUUCACUUUUGACGGGUUCCUCGACAAAUUCUGAAGUAAAAGGAUUCAGGAAGUUUUAGCCGGAUUAUGAGAUAAGUGUGUCAGGGUCUUCAAACUUUUGUUACUCUGAAUAAGAGCACUUUUCACUUUUGACCGGUUGUUUUCAGCCGAAUUGUUUAAAAAAAAUGCCAUUCAAUUGUUAGGAUUGGCUGGCAUUUACACACGGAGGUAUUCAACUUACAUUUCACGGAAAAUUGUUGUUUGAAAAUGGCGGAGCUCCUCGGGAAAAGGACAAUUUCGCUUUCUGCAAGGUAAGUCGAAGACUCGAUUUUCUUUAAAGUAACACAAGAACACCUUUCAAGUAAACCGGAGAAAGUGAUUUAAGCCAAGUAAUAUAAGUGUGUAGUUAAUAUUUACUCUGUUCUGUAAUACUCAAUUGUACUGAUGUCAACUUUUUCUUUAUAGGUACACAAUUUUACCGAUGAAUUUUAUGCACCUCCUGUAGUCAUAGUUACGGUAAAUCAUCUGUACGUUAGCAAGAAUGUAUAUUCCAUCAAGCCAGAGAACAAUGUUCUUAAUACUUGGAUUGAGGUAAAGUGUUAUAACUCGUGCCUCUGUGAAUAUAACUUCCUUUUGGAUCACUAAUAACGUUUUUUCUCCAUAGAAAUCUUUGUGGCUCAGAAUUUAAACCCACACCUUACCUGAGAUUCAAGCCUUUUCAAAAAACAUCACUUUUAAAUGCUCGAAAAUAUAUAAAGAGCUUACCAUUGUCACCUCUUUAAAAAAAAAGAACCUCUUAUUCCCGGUGGUGGGGGUGGGGGGGUGGGUGGGGGUGUUCUUGAGUCGAUACCUCUACCUCAUUAUAUUUUAUUUACACCCCAUCCUUAGUUAGUCACUUUUGGGCGAAUAUCAUUUCCACAAUCCCAAUUUAGUCACUUUCAGUUCAAGUAUCUACCUUAUAAAGCCUUUAAGAAAGUCAUCCUAAAAUGAAUUGACUCGUUUGACGGUGAAUUCUCCCAUUUUAAAAUCCUUACUUACCAGAAUUUACUUCCCCACAAAAUCCCGGAAAUGCAACCUCCAUUACAGUCAAUCCAGUCGUGAAAAUGUGGUCCCACCCAGUGGCACAUCUCCACGAGCCUAUUAAUAGAAAACACUUUUCCUCAGGCUCUUACUAUCGAUGAACUCAGGGAAACUUCUUUACUUCAGUUUUUGAUAUCUCAGAGAAUCACAGAUAUUAAAAUACUUUGCAUUAUCACAAUUAAACUAGUCCGGUUGCUGGUUUUUUUUUCAACAGGAAAUAACGAUCUCAUCCUUCCGUGUGUGUGUAAAAGACUUAGCAGGAAUGGAAAGUCAACACGACCCUGUUACUUUGGAUUACGUUGUUAUUGGAGGUAGAUAGAUUGGUCAGGUCUUGUAGCUUAUGCUAAGGUAUUACCAACAGCAUUUUCCGUUCGUUUACUUUUAUUAGUCGGUGGAAUGGGUUUAUCGCGUAGAUGGGAGAGAAAGGCAUUAAAAUAUCUCGACCAAGCAGUUUUUUUUUAUAUUUCAUUAGAAUCAUUUUUUAAUGUUUCAAGUAGAACUACGACUGCCUAUGACCCAAUGCAUAAUUACAGCGCUUAACGUAAAGAUACUUCCGAGAAAUUUUUUCACCACUCUAAAGGAUUUUUUUAUUUGGAAAAUUCUACUCAAACUUAGCGCAGUUCUUACAGUAAUGUCACAAUACUAAACGCGUUUAGCAGAAUACUACUUAGUCAAACAAAGCUAAGAUUAGAUCAAGCCAUCUUCACUCCUGUUGGGAGGCGCAGGACACCGACCAUGAACAUGACUCUAGUUGUGGCAGUUCUCUCUGGGUCCUUUCAAGUGAAGUUCCUCUUAGCUUUUAGCUGAUAAAAGCUAUCAAAGGAAGUAGUUAUUAAAAAAAACUAACGACACUACCACUUAAAAAAAAAAACAAUUAUCAGAGACCAGCUCAAAGUCCUUGCACCUAGAAAAUAAAGAGUUCCUAAAGUCGUCUUAGGUAAGUGUUUUGAUUUUUAACGAUAUUUGAGAAAUUUUUAAGUGUAACACAACUGAUAAGAUAAGAUUACUUUGUACUACUCAGUUUUCAUAAGGAUUCUAUUUGUGUUGAUAUUUUAAAUUCGCAGAUCGUGAUCCUUGCAUCAAUGUUUCUUGUAAUUAUUUUGCCGUCUGUAAGGCAUUUGGACCCAAAGAUGCCAGAUGCAUAUGCGUAGACAAUUGUCCAUCGUACGACGAGCCUGUGUGUUCAUCAAAUGGAACCACAUACGACAACGAGUGCAUCUUCCAGAGGGAAAUGUGCCACUUGAAGGCCAAUUUUACUCUGUAUCACCCGGGUGAUUGUACAGGUAAUUUGAAUGAGAGUUCGGAGGGUUACAGAAAUCUUAAAAAUAUUUUGCUUGAUUCAAUCUAUAACAGGAAACUACAAGAAUGUCUUCCUUUUGAAGCUUUAUUUUGACACUUUAUUAGAUUCCGAGUUUACUGAAGAAAACAAAGUAGUGUAAAGAAAGUUUUUAGUUUGAUGCAGAUUAUAAGGUGGAAAUGGCAGAAUAAAGAGUACUAAUCUACACAUGUUAGAAACGAAAAACGAUGUCAUGGUUUCUAAUGCUACGAAAAGCUGGGACGGCAAAUCUUAGAAUGCCUUAAUGCAGACGCAUUUUGGGCAGGGUUCAAAGAGUCUAGCUUCGUCUGUGCUAGUUGCUUGCAUAUGGUACUCGUCCUUGAAUGUUAGAAACAGGUAGAGAUUUUUGCGUUCUUUUUCUGCAGGAUUCCCUUCACAGAAAGGUCGUCAUCGUCUUCAUCACCACCCAAACUGGGCUGAAGCAGUUUGUGAACAGAUUCCACUGGUUCCUUAUGUCUUCUAUCCUGACAAACCUGUUCACGUACAGGUAUCUGUUAAUCACGUCAACUUCUCGGAUCCCUCCUAUGUCCACGAGGCUGCUGUGGCCUGGGUCGAGGAUUUAAGGGAAAACAAUUUUACAAUUUGUGUCACUCAAGCUGGGAGGAAUGAGAAGAAAAAUGGAAAAACAUUCGCUAUGGUUGAUUGGUUAGCAUAUCAGGGGGCCCCUGACGGGGGAGUGUCAGGUGAAAUGGACAUGCCGACAUGGUGGACUGGAACGAACUGCCGCACAGUUUCCUUUCCUCCGGUUAGUUGGCCACACCCUUCAAUAAUGUAUAUAUAUAUAUAUAUUUUUUUUUUUUCUUCUAGUAUUCCAAGUCGCCAGUCCAUUAGUUACUUAUAAUCGCGCUGUUAACGAUAAUAAAGGUGGGGAAUCUGACAUUCUAUCAAAGAAAAUAGUAACUAGUCAGUCUUCUGUAAAAUUCAAAAUUUAUCCUCUAUAUUCAUUGUUUUAUAUAUAUAUGUAUGUAUGUAUGUAUGUAUGUAUGUAUGUAUGUAUGCUUUUAUGUAUGUAUGUAUUUAUGGUGAUAAAAUGUGGAAGAAUAAGACUAUUUAUGUUGUGGAGAUAUUAUAUCAACGUAGAGGUUGGACUACAUUCCCAAGACUUAAGGAGCAGCCGUUCUUAGCCUUAGAGCUGUUGGUGCCUAUCUGUUAAUUCUGAGUUAAUGCUGCUGCAGAAAAAGUUCAAAUCACUUCCUACUGUCCUCGUAUCGGCCGAGCAUGAAAGGCGGGGAGUGAAGCAUGAUGCGUCUUCUGUCUGGGUGGAAGAUUUGACCACAACUUCUUUCAAGAUCUGUAUCAGAGAACUGCAGAACUUUGACGGGGCUCACCAAAGCAUCCAUGUGGUAAGCAGUUUUUAAGGUUUUAGUUUUUCACAAGGUUGAGUAAUGUUUCAUAAUUUAAGGAAAGUCUUAUUCUCUCUAAAGUUUUAACGACGAUGAUAAGCUCAUUUUCCGUCUUUUUCUUACUCCAACCAGAAUAGAGUUGAAUAUACUUUUCAUAUGGUUUAACCUUUGUUUUUAUGAAAGGAUUGGAUGGCAUUCGAAGAACUUCAUCAACCCUUGUUUAGAGAACAUGGCUCCUUAUACUUUGCCAACGGGAAACAACCAUCCGAAGAAUUUAACUAUGCUUUUUGCGAGGUAUGUUUGUUUCACAGUGCGUGUAUUGAGGAUUUUUGAUUCACUCACUCACCCACUCACUCGCGAUGCACACAUGCACCAUGCACCCAGUGAAUCACUGAAUCCCUCACUUACUAAAUCCCACACGCAUUUUCUUGAUAACUCAUUAAAUUUCUCACUGACUCACUCUGUCACUCGAUUAAUCACUCACUCAUUAAGCUUUUACCGCCUUUCCAUGAGCUUUUUUACUGAAAUUCACGUGAAACUUACUCAUCAACCCGCGUUAUUACAUAUUGACCCUAUCACUUAGACUUUUUUUCCGUCUGAAGUUUAUGUAAGCCAUCCACCCGCCAUGAAAAUAAGAGCCGCAGGGCAGUCCACUAAUUUAAAGACCAACCUAGCGGAUUUCCUCGCUCUAGUUUUCAUAUGUAUUCUCUUUGAAUAAUUCAUCUCUUCUUUCAAAGACCUGAAAAGGAUGUUUUGGAAUCUUAAAGAUAUUGCUAGAUGCACUCUCAGCUACUUCCUGUUUCACGGAUUUGUUGUUUUUUAUUUGUUUCAAUAGGAUGUUGUUUUCAAAAAGCCCUACAACGACUCUCCAGCAAUUUUGGUAUCUGCUAACCACUCAACAAAUGGAGGAAACCUUAAUCCACUGUAUAACUCCGUAUCAGCGUGGGUUGAGGUUAGUGAUACCUGGUAUCUGUGCUGAAAUAGUGCUUUUGCAAUUAUAAUAAUUAUUAUUGCUAUUAUUAUUAUUAUUAUGUAAGUAUUCAGCAUUGUACAACGUACAAGGUACUAGAGAUACUUAGCUCUUUACUGAUACUUAACUGUGAUCCUCUCAGCCGUUAGAUUGUAUUUCUCUUUGUCUUUGUAGUACAUCAACAAGACUGGCUUCAGAGCAUGCGUGAAGGAGUUAUUUGUGAACCAGCAUGAUCCUCUAUCAGUUUCAUAUGCAGUUAUGCCAGGUUAGAUAUAUCGCGUUGGGCACAUAGAGAGAAACGAUGGUUGUUCAGAAAUAUUUGCCAAUCAUCUUGACUUAGGUUUGGACUAAAAAAGUGAGUUGUUACCCGAAAGAAAGGAAGGUGUAAACUGGUGUAUGAAACGAAUCAUAAUAAAGUUCGGAUAUAGCGCGCGCUCUCAUGAGUUGAAAGAGCGUGUUUUAUCAGAGUGUAAAACACGGAGCUAAAGCUGUCAUGCCAUCUGCCAUUUUGUACAAUUCCGACCAUUUCCCGGACUUCUUCAGUGUUCUGACACCUUCCUGUGUGCUCUACAAAAGUACAGAGCAAAGUCAAUGCUUCUUUAGUUGUUAAAUAAUACCGAGAAAUAAACGUAUGAUAGCUUGUCUCAAAAUUUGUUGAAUGAAACGACUGCUAUCGAUAACGACAUUAUCGUGAAUGUAACGAACAAACUUAUAAUUACCCCAUAAUGAAAGACAAGCACUAUUUGAUACGAUAAUAUUUUUGAACAAAGUUUUGCUAGUUGUUAAAUAGAUUCAAGUUUAAAUGAGACUUUUGUUGUUUCUCUACCAAACUCAGAUGUAUGUGAGCCAGGUUGGAGUUUCUACAAUGGCUCCUGUUUCUACACGAGUGAUACCUGUGAGUCAUGGUCCAACGCUAGUACAAUCUGCAGAAAAAUGGGGGCUAACUUACCCGCUAUUGAAAGUCAGGAAGAAAAUGUCUACAUUCAACACAGACACAAUGGUGAAAAGGCCUGGAUCGGUUUGAAUGACAUUGCUAUCGAGGGAUUAUUCAGCUGGGUGGAUGGAUGUCCUGAUAAAUUCCGCUACUGGGCAGAGAGUCAACCAAAUGACUUUCGGGGGGAGGACUGCGUACACACUCUUGGUCCCGGGCACGGUUACAUGUGGAAUGAUGUGGAUUGUACUGCUUGUCAUCAAUAUACAUGCAAAAAGGGUGUGAAAUGAUUGUUUAUUUAUUUAUUUUUGAUGACUCAUAUUUUGAUUUAGUCGCCGGACAGCGGUGUCCGUCUUUGGAACUCGAGAUGUUUUGGAGCCUUAUUUACUUGAACUAUUUGUUAAAAGGAGACUUACCACCAAUUUCUUGGUAUGUUGUAAAUGAAUUAGCGUCGUUGCGGUUAUCACUUUGCUUUCAUAGUUACAUACAUAGUUAUUUCGUCCACCAUUCCUUCAAUAUCGGUGAUGUUUGAUGUUGUGUAUUAACAAUUUCAAUACUCAAAUACCUAUCAACAGAUUAUGAUGAAUGUACUAGCAACCCAUGUUUAAACGGAGGUACAUGUGUCAAUGGUAAAAGAAAGUUUAGUUGUAUUUGUCCUGCAACACACAAGGGAGACCUAUGUGAAGGCAAGCAUCAUAUCUGUAAUUUCUUUUUGAUCAUUAUGAAGUCACAAAGACAAAAAUUCAUAAUUGCUUAGGUUUAUCAUAACUGUUUGGAGCGUGAUACUUCUUUAAGCAUUUUCGAUUCCCUUCCACGGUGCUCGAAGUUAAAAGUGAGUACUACCUCACAGGUGACACGAUUUUGCUUGAACCUCGUUUCUGGUUUAACUCUUUAGUUAUAUAUUUUUAUUCUUACACAGAGAUUGAUGAGUGCUCCAGCAGCCCCUGUUUAAAUGGUGGUACUUGUACUGAUGGAGUCAACAAUUUUACAUGUUCCUGCCCAUCGCCGUAUUUUGGACAUAGAUGUCAAGGUGAUAUGAUACCUCAAAUAGAAUUUUAUUGUUAUGAACUACUAAAAUUAAAGUGUUAGGGAACUUCUAAAAUUAGGAAUGUUUUGACUAAGUGUAUGGUAAUUUCUUAGGCCUGUUAGAUUAUCUUGAAAUCCUCAUGCCAAUCUUGUGAGGCUUGAUCUAUUCUUACCUUUUUAGUGAUGUGUCCUUGACCGUUGUAGUAGGACUUAAUUCUCGUACGAUAAUCGUCAUCAUUAGUCGUAUUUAGGUUUGUCUUUGGCCUUGCUUUGAGUCCUCAACGGGGAGUUUUGUUUAGCUUUUUAGUUCUCGAAGAUUGGUUAUUGUUAAGUUCUUUGUUGUUCAUAUCGACUGUCUUGUGAGAUUGUUCUGGUUGGCGCUCUAAAAAUAUGUUUAUUUUGCCAAGGUCAGUUAUCUCGUAGGCCCAAAUAUGCCUACCGAUGGGGUAUUGAAGAGUGUGUACUUAGGAGCUGAAUUAUUAGAAGAGAUUCUGAGUCUCAGAGAGUGAAACAAAGUUCCUGAGCAGACUCCCGUACUUUGCGCGAGUUGCUCAAGUUAGUUAACUCCAACUGUCCAACAUUAUAGAUAAAGGACGUUGCAUAUGGUAAAUUAACACAUCAUGAAAUCUUUAACAAGAUUGGUGGCUUAAGAGUAUUUUAGCAGAGGAAAACGUCAAGGUGAAGCUGGGUUACUCGAUGCAAAUCACGGUCAGGAUUUAACACGACCUCCUGAUUGAAAAACCUAUAAAACUAAUUUCCACAUCACGGAAAGAGUAGACUGAAUCAGAAGUUUUGACUUUAAAAUGUUUCAUUUAGAGCUAGAUUCCUCUAACAUCUCAGGAACAAUGCAUGAAUAUAUAAAGACUUAUGUUUAAUAGAUCUUGGUGUAUAAAAUGUAUAAAGUGUCAUUUAUUUCGUCACUUAGAAACGGAUGAAUGUCAGUCCAAUCCCUGCCAAAACGGUGGAACUUGCAUAGAUGGCGUAUAUAACUUUACUUGUGCGUGUUCCAGCUAUCAUUCAGGAUCACGAUGUGAAGGUAUGCUAAUUGGUGUUUUUUCUAAGGAAACUUUCAUAUGGCUUUAAUUAGGACGUUGGAAUGUUAAUUCCUUUUUGAAAACUUUUGGGAUAAAUAGAAAAAGGGAUGAGCACAAAAAGGGCAGAUAAAUGGCGUAAGUUAUGAAUUGAAAUAAUAGUCAAGCGAAAAACUCAAGUUUCAAUGAACCUAACUGCUGUACGUAACGUAAAAAAAUCAAUACACCUGUAUGUUUUCUUUAUUUUUCCUCCGUGCGUUUUACAAUUGAUAAUGGAAUCUUAUUAAGUUGCAACCGCCACAUCCUGCAAGAGUCACUAUGCAGUGGGAAGGACCUCAAGUGGAACUUAUUACUUAAGUGUAUCAGGGUACACUUUCCAGGUAAUUCUUUAUCCUAUCUAAGACAACAUUCUUGUUUUCCCCUAAGGUCUGCAGUUUCUUUACAACUUUUCCCAUUAAAAGGAACGUCAACUUAAACCUUGCAGUAACCGCUAACUCCUCCCCCCGUAGUAAUCACCUAGGAAAUGUUUUUUGUUUAUAACUUUUCGUAUUAAAGAACAAUAGAAAGUAGACAUCCCCGAUUUCCGAGAACAUGGUGAAUUGUUUUUCUUUUUGGCCGAUAGACGAGGUUAACUGAUGCAGUGGUCUUAAAUUGCUCUUGAAUGAGCACAGUGACCUACAUUUUUUUUCGCAUAAUUGUGGUAUUAAGAGUUAUUCCCUAUAAAUACAAAAAUUAAAAAUAUAAUAAUCACCGGAAGAAUAAAAAAGAUUUAUCUAAAAAUGAUAGCGAGAUCCGUUCUCCGAGGAUUGAAAUUAUGACCUUAAAAGGAAAUUUACGAAGAACGUUCAGAGUCUGAAUAGUUUAAAACUGGGUGAUUUUCCCAAGGUUAUAUAUUUCAUUUUUCCAUGUGCUCGAGACUUUCUACCCAAUGAAGUGCAUUUUCAAGCAUUCAAGCGUUACUUUAAAAUCCCUGAGUUUGCUUCCAAGUACCACGUGCAAAAUGUUUGGCGUGAACCGAUGAAAUAACGAGCGUGACUAGUACCAGCACAGGCUUAAAUGGGUUAAGAUCAUCAUAUCCCUCAAGUAAGAACGGUAAACGGAAGAGUUUGACAAAAAUCUUUCGGCACUUCACGAACACGAUCGUCAGCGAUAGAUCAGCGGCGACUUGUAUAAAGCUUACAUUUGAAGUUCAAAUCGUUUGACCUAUUUUUGAACUUACAUUUUGCUGGAAUUGUCAUAAAAACAGAAGAAAUGUGUUUUUUGUCUACGUCAAUGGGGAAUAGUUUAUGAUAAACGCAGCAAACAUUUGAGAUGCUAAGAAGUCUGUCUUUCUGCAAGCAGUUACUAUCACCCAACGCAAAUUUAAGAUGAAAUGGCAAAACGGACAUGAGGUCCAUUAUUCUGACCUGCGUUGUGCCGAGAGUGUUUCCGGAUAAUUCAGGCGCCACAUCUUUAAGUUGUGUGAUGUUCGAGACACAUGUUUUCCAAUACUCAGCUUCCCCUUGUUAAGUGAAGAUGUUCAGUUCCUCUGGUUCCUUUCGUCGACCGCUUUGUAUGACACGGUGUUUAAUUAGAAUUGGUAUAUUUUGGUCGCCUAAGGCUAUCUAUCUACCAAAACACAUUUUUGUCAUAACGAUAGAUAGUAGGAAUGAGAAUAGAAAUAUAAGGCAAACGUUUUGGCCAGUAUGAGGUCGGGUAGGACGCUCUAGGGUUUUUGAGUCCUCUCUUUCUUGUGCACGACACUACCAUAAGCCGCUCUACAUUCCAAGUGUUUUUGGAUUCCUUCUUUCCCAGUAAAACUUUCAUUUUCACUCUCUUUCGAUUUGCUUUCAAAUUAUGAUAUACCGAGUAGGUAAUAUAUUCAUUGUUUUAGCAUCGUAGAAGAGGUUUCAGUUGCGUUUGCGAUUAAUGUCUUUUUUUUUUUUGGUUUUGUUUUGUUUAGGUUUUACAAGUAUGCCUUUAAAUGGUUUAGAGCAUUGAUUCACGCACAAAUUCCAAAAGAAAUUCCUAACCAUAAAACUAUAUCCUAAAGCGAUCCUUGUAAUUAGAACUGGGUAAAGUUACCCACAACAAUUUGCAGUUGUCAUUUUAUCGCAUAUCAAACAUAUUUCCUGAAAAACAGUAUUUUAAUGAUUUUCAGCUCUUCUGUUUCCCAUCAUAUGUUGAAAAUCAAAUAUCUGUAGGGCCAUAAGCUGGUAGCUGAAUGUAUCCUUAUAUAUGAUUAAUAAAUUAUACGACUUUCGAAGAAGAAGACAUCCUAAUAAUCCACAUCCUGAAGUUAUAUCCUUUCGCUUACUUCCAGGUUUAUUGCGACAUGUCGGGAAACUCAGGUGGAUGGACACUCAUUGCGCGGUUUUCAAACGCUGAUGGGAAAAAUUGGAUGAGAGAUGACGCUUACUGGUGGUACGAUAUCCAGUCUUCGCAGGGGUCCCCUACAAGCACAUCCAGUAACUCUGACAUGAUAUCAGAAGCAUUCUGGAAGGUGCAGGGAAGCGAGAUUAAAAUCACGCGCAGUGACGAUAGUUCAAACUCUGCUCUUCUUCGUACAUAUAAUAACUGCUUCGGUGGAAAAACAUGCAGAGGAUUCAUGUCCGCUUAUGGAAAGUUUAGUUACCGUAACGUUUGGUCCAAUGAUCAGUGUCUUGGUACCUGCCCAGUAUAUUAUGGUGGAUUGUACCAGACCACUGUUGGCUUUAGUCAAGCGCACUGCAGUGGCAAUAUUCAAGGAAGCUACCGCAUUGGAUUCUGGUGUCAGUGGGACGCAGGUGAUGGUUCAGUUAUGAUGUUUGGAGGAGGAGGAAGUGGAUGCAGUCGAGCGGAUCAUGGUAUUGGGAUCACUGAGAAUGACUACGGAGGAUUUGAAGAAUGGAGCGGUAGAGGGGAGAUUGAUUUUGGAAAUGAAGCCAACAACUACAACUCUCCUACUACUUCUUACGCCUUGAAUUUAUGGAUUCGUUAGAACGAGAAACAUUCAUUGCUAAUUUAAUCCACGUAUGAUGACAUCUUGUGUACAAAAAAAAGAUCAGGCUGUGUCUUCCAAAGCCUUUUUUAAGCUUGUUAAAGAAGAAAGGGAACCAUAGCCGUAGACUUAGAAAGCUCUUUCCUCUCUGAUUGUCGAACAAUUAUUCCAUGAGCAUGCGUUGAACACGAGAUGUUAAAUAGUCAGGGAGGCGCGUAACGCCGAGCUGGUUAUAAUUAAUCUCAUAUCCAACAUGCGCGAAGGGAAUAAUUGCUUUAUUCAAUUUUCCACCUUGGGAAAUAGGUUAACAGUUGUCAAUGCCAUGGUUGUCAACUAUCCAACGGUUAGUAUGUGAAUGGAAGGGGGAGGGGAGACGUGCUUUGAUGUAUUUUUUCACGAGAUAUUGUCGUUGCACACCAAGAUCUCAUUUACUAAAGCAGAUAUCCUCAAUUUUUCCAAACGAAUUCUAAUCUACCAUAAAAUUCUAAGACGGAUAUAAAUACCUGAAAUUGCUCGAGUUGAUGACUCAUGUCUAUAUAUCACAUUACAAAAGUACAUGAAAAACAUGCGAUACGAAAAUGCAAUAUACAUAAGUAAAAAAGACCUCUGAUUCCUGAGUAACCGAAAUCCUCUGGCCGUGCCUGAAUAUAAACGAACAGUCGAUUUGUAACAGUAUUAUAGGUGAUUUAAUGUAAACUCUUUUCCAUCUGGAUAAUUACAUGAUGGAAAGUAAGAUCUUCUGAUUUUAGACUAACAAAAACGAUUAACUAGGCAACAAUUAAGAGGUUCGGUUCCCGGACGAUAUAGCAAUGCUGGUUACCUGCUUUGAUUUUUUAUCUACGUCAAAAUCCAGGACUAAUUAUUAACUCGUAGUUACGAAACAGAAGCAAUGUAAAGUAGAUUUUACCCAGUCGGAGCCAUAUUUUGUAAUUAUUUUAAGCAAAAACGUUUAUUUUUCUUAGAAUUGCCGUAGCUUAAUUAAAUUGGAUCUUCCCUUUUUAUUUAAA